GAGCAAAAUUGAAAAGAAAUAUUGAACUUCCUACGACACGAAGGCUUCUUUUUUUAAAUUUCAAGUUGCCGAACUGGAUAUUGCUGCACAGCUAUAAAUUUGUGCUUUGACCGAGUCCUAGAGACUUAAUUUAUUAUAAGCCACGCAGCAGCUGAAGCUGAAGUCCACGCAUCUAACGAGCAGUCUUUGUGAACAUGUACACACACAAUCAAAGGACCCAAUGCGUCCACACGAGACCGAAUAAAUUUAUGUCUUUGUAUAUGAAUGUGUGUAGUCAUUAGCCGUGUGGAUACUCUAGCGAAUGUUUAAUGUUGUGUAAACCUCUGACUUUAGAUCCCAGGCACUUUUAUCGUGCAGUAUAGACUGCAGAGAUGAAGGCCAAAAAGAAGAAGAGGCAGGAUGACUUCCAGAAGGUGAAGCUAAAAGUGGGAAAGAAGAAGCCCAGAGCUGAUAACGCCACCAACACCAACUUUCGGUCCAAGGGGAUCUUUCUACCUGAGCAGCUGAAGCGAGAAACGAGUGGCCCCACAACACACAGACAGCUGGGUAUUAAUGACCUCCUGUCUCAGCUGCACCAUUACAAUGCCAAUGUGAAACACAGUGCCUUGUUGGGUUUGAAAGAGUUGCUGUCCAUCAGUCCGUCUUUGUUGGAGCAGCAUCUCUCACGCUUGCUUUCUGAAGUGGCAGCUGUUUUAACAGACAAGGAUCACAAUGUCCGUGUGGCAGCUACACGUGUGCUCAGGUUCAUUGCACAGUGUGUGCCUGCAGAACGCGUGGCUCCAUUUUUCCCCCUCCUCAGUGCUCACUUGUCUUGUGCCAUGACCCACAUCGAGGCAGGAAUCCAGGAGGAUUCUAUGAAUGUCCUCGACGUGUUCCUGGAGCACUACCCUGCUCUUUUAGCAGCGCGGCCUGCAGUACUCCUCACUAACUUCCUAGAGAUGAUCUCUCACAGACAGAACAGCGGAGGAGCCAAAAAAGCUCAAGACUCCAAGACACGGACCUGGGCACUGUCGAUCAACCCUGACAGGGCUAUGACGAGUCAGCAGUGGCGGCUCUCUGUGCUUUUGAGACUUGGGCGCUUUCUCCAGGCAGUUGUUGAGGAAAGACCAAUGGAGGAAAGCGAUAUGUCUGUCCCAAAUGAAGGAGUUUUUGGUUCCAGUGGAGAGGGCCGGCUUACACCUCUUCAUCUCAGCUGGGAAGAGCUAAUGUAUGGCAAGAUCGGAGUUAAACUUUAUGAACAUUCUGGGGCCAAACCAACUCAACGCUCUACGUUUAAACUCAGACCUGAGCAAGAUUCAGGAGCUGCGGUAAGCGAGGGUCUAGACACAGCUGAGACUGUUCAGAGGUUUGCAGCUACACUCGUGCCUCUGCUGCUGGAAGUGUGGGUAGAGGCCAGCACCAAUGAUGGCCCUUGGAAUAACACAGAGGGAGCCCACCUGCUUACUCCAGAUGCCACGUCAGUAAUGUUCCAGGUCUUGUCUAUUCUGCAGCUGCUGAGAAAACUUGCCCCACAGCGGGAGAACCAGGAUGCAUUGGAUGCAUGGUUCCGUAAAGAAUACCUGGGAGAUUUUAAGCAGCACUUCAUUAGAAACUUUCCCUAUGGCACUCGGGACACACCCAAACAUAAAAAGAAAGUUGAUCUCAAAAGGAGUAAACAGAUGGCAACCCUUCCUGGUCUGACUGUGGAUCCUCUUGCCCUCAACAUCACACUUUGCCAGGUGAUGGUGUCCCUUAGCCAGAAGCAGGGUGUUGGCCGAGAGACAGACGGAGACUGGCUGACAUCACUGAGGACGUUUGUCCGAGACACUCUGGGGAGUGGAGUGAAGCUGAGCUACAGGCAGCUGCAAAUGCUGCUGGGUACCGUGUGGAAGAUGGUGCUCACACAGAGAAGCAAAACAGUGACAGAGGACCUGUUGGCAGCAGUGUACAUCUACUACAAGCAGAGAAACCUCCCUCUACAGACACGCUCUCUGCUGCUAUCAUUCUACAGCAGGCUCUACCUGCAGGAGCAAGAACAUGCACACCUAUCCAGGAGCAAGGUGUUGUCUCGUUGGUUGGCAUCUCUUCCUGUGCAGUUGUCCCAGCUGGGUCACCGUAACCCUACACUGUCUGCACAGCUCAUCCUUUCCAUCCAGGCGGCUGCUUCUCGAGGCAACAAAGACCUGCUCUACAGUCUGCAGACACAUGCCUGCACACUGUAUGAUCCACAGGAAGGGGUCGUGGUGCUCUUACCAGCGGAGUCCCAGCAGCGAAUGGUGCAGCUGCUCUACUUCCUCCCCAAGAUGUCCCAGCCUCUUCUGGCCAGUCUGAGCAGCUGCUGCACUGCUGGACGAAUCUCUGCCAGCCUCGCAGCCUCUCUGAUUCGUAUCAUACAUCUUAGGUCCCCUCUGAGUAGCUGGACAGUUGGGAGCCAGGAAGCAGCAUUGCAGGACGUGGACUAUUUCAGCUUCCUGUUCUCCACCCUCAUAGGCUUCUCGUCCGAACAGCUCGCCUCACUGCAGGAGGCCGAGGACGAAGGCGCCCUGCCUCCCUCCUCUCUUUCUCCUCUCAGCCUCUACCCCACCCCGCUGGAGCAGUUCACACACCACUGGGAUGUUGUUGAGGAAGUGUGUCACUGUCUGGAAACUCUGGGUUCAAAGUCUCAGUGCUUUGACAUCUUACAAACUGGCAUUUGCAAGUACCUGAUCAAGUUGGGGGUGGUUCCUGACAGUAUGGCGGCCGGGCUGCUGAGAGCUGUAUCCAGAUUACUGGAUCUGUCCAUCCUGCCACUUGAGCCCGUGCUGCGCUUUUUGUCCCAGUGCUGCCUCAGCCUUCUUGGGUUGCUCGUCAGUGUGCAGCAAGAAGCAGCUACUGAAACCAACCAUAAAAGGGAAGCAAUUUGGGGUGCUUGUGUGACAGCACUGGGCAGCAUUCCUCGCCUACUGCGGGUAGUUCUGCAAUUGUUGCGCGUAAGCGAUUUGAACGAGGAGGAGCUGCCGCAGCUCGGACAGAUCCUCUCGAUGCUGCUGCAGCACACGCCGCUCCAUAGCCAGCUGCUGGCCAACGCUGCUCUGCUGCAAGAAAUCAUACAGCACCUCACGAGGUUCUCCCGGGGUACAACCAGGGAGCAGUGGCUGACAGACUUGCUCUACUGUUACAGUGUCACUGUGGCUCAUGGCUCGUCCGCUCACCGUGGAAAUCUGGGCCUUCGAGACAUGUACUAACGGACAGGCCCAACAGUAUGUGGUGUGCCACUCAAUUCAGCCUCCCGAACAUGUUACAUUCACAAUGACAACAUGCAAGGCUCAGUAGUGACAAGUACAGGCGAUCAAACUCUGACAGAGGACAGUGGGAA